GUUGUUCCUUAUUUCUUUCCUCUAACAGGUCUCGAUCUGCUGCCCCUAAAACAUUUACGUGCAAGCUUGAACCACAUGUUCAUUCUUCAUUUGUUUCUAGUGCAUCAAAUACACAAUAAUAAGAAAGUUUGACAUGUGACAGUAUUCACUUUUGGCCUUGUUUAUUUUAAUCAAAUGGUCAAAAUUUCUACAAUCUGUUUUCCUCUUUAACUUUUGGUACGCUAUUGCAAGUUUGGCAUGUUGGCUUUUGAUUGGCUUCAAAAUAUGUGGUAUCAGUAUCCAAAGUGAUAGCGCAAUCCAUUCCCGGACAGCCGGUGUCACUUUCGUCUCGAUCCUUACAGGGCUGCCAUUCUACAAACAAACAAAUAUUAAGUUACUAAUCAUUCAACUGAGGCAGCGCAAAGUGACAUGGUUCUCACGAUUCAGUAUCUAGAUGCAGCAGUAGCUGUAGUUAUUGGCUUUCUACUGUUUGCUUACUUGCACUUCAUCAAGAGGGGUAGAGCAAGUGAUUCCUGUAAGCCACCCGUAGCCGCCGGUGGCUGGCCUUUGAUCGGUCAUCUUUACCUCUUAGCUGGUUCAGCUCAGCCUCCUCACAUAACCUUAGGAGCCUUAGCAGACAAAUAUGGAUCAAUAUUCAGCAUCCGAAUCGGUGUGCACCCUGCUGUUGUGGUCAACACUUGGGAGCUCGCCAAAGAGUGUUUCACUACUCUUGAUCUCUUUGUCUCUUCUCGUCCCAAAUAUACCGCUGCCAAAAUCUUGGGACACAACUAUGCUAAUUUUGGGUUCUCCCCUUACGGACACUUCUGGCGUGAGAUGCGUAAGAUAACCGCCUCAGAGUUACUUUCUGCUAGCCGGUUUGAACUGCUACGAGAUAUUAGAGAUUCCGAGGUGAAAAGCUCGUUGAAAGAACUGUAUAGAUCAUGGGUCGAAAAUAGAGGAGGCUACGAUGAUUUUUCAGUGGAGAUGAAGAAGUGGUUUGGAGACAUGAAUCUGAACGUGAUUCUGAGGAUGAUUGCGGGAAAGCGAUACUCCACCAAAAGUGAAGAUGAGCAACAAGUUAGGCGAAUUCGGGGGGUUUUCAGAGAGUUCUUCCGUUUGACGGGAUUGUUUGUGGUUGGUGACGCGAUUCCUGCUCUUGGGUGGCUUGAUUUUGGAGGCGAAGUGAAAGAGAUGAAGAAUACGGCUAUAGAAAUGGACAGCAUCGUUGGUGAAUGGUUAGAAGAGCAUCGCCGGAAAAGAGAUAGCUCAGGUGAGAGUGCGACUAAAACAGAACAAGACUUCAUUGAUGUGUUGUUGUCCGUCCUUAACGGCGUUGAUCUUGCUGGUUACGAUGUUGAUACCGUCAUAAAAGGCACCUGCUCGACCUUAAUUGCUGGGGCAACUGAUACAACAACUGUUACCUUGACGUGGGGGCUCUCCUUAUUGCUGAAUAAUCGCCAUGCUUUGAUCAAAAUUCAAGAGGAACUGGAUGAGCACGUGGGUAAGGAAAGGCUAGUGAAUGAAUCAGACAUCAAGAAAUUAGUUUAUCUUCAAGCCGUAGUUAAAGAAACAAUGCGAUUGUAUCCUGCUGGGCCAUUAUCAGGCCCACGUGAAUUCACACAGGACUGUUCCUUGGGUGGUUAUCAUAUUAAAGCUGGUACACGAUUUAUUUUGAACAUUUGGAAGCUACAUAGAGACCCACGAGUAUGGUUGGACGCGUUGGAGUUUCAGCCCGAAAGGUUUUUGGACACCCAUAAGGGUGUGGAUGUCAAGGGUCAACAUUUUGAGCUCCUUCCUUUUGGCGGUGGAAGAAGGGCUUGCCCUGGCAUAUCAUUUGGUCUUCAAAUGACACACUUGGCAUUAGCAUCUUUUCUGCAAGCAUUUGAAGUUAUGACUCCAUCUAAUGCUCAAGUUGAUAUGAGCGCCACUUUUGGACUCACAAACAUCAAAACCACUCCACUUGAUGUUUUAGUCAAGCCUCGAUUAUCACAUCAGCUUCUCUUUGUUGACGAAGUUAGAGGAAACCCACACAUUAAUCAACAUUCCAUGCGUUGAUUGUAUUCCCCACUUAGAUAACCACCAAGGCCUUUAUGGUCUCACCUCCCCCACCAUGAUUUGAUGUAUGUUUUGAAUUAGAUGGUUGAUGUAUAUCUGAAUACUGUUAGUGUUUCAAAAUAAUACUUAUAUUAAAAGUUGGCUU